AUACAUGAGAAACAAAUCAAGGUCUCUUCAAUUUCAAAGUUUUGGCGGGGACUAAAAUCAAUCCACUUUUUCGCGGCCACAUUCACUCUAAGGAAGAAAAAAAAUUAGGUUACCGUUUGGGUUCUUUUCCUCUCUCUCGAUCCAUAAUCAGUAGUCUAAUUAGUUUCAGUAGCAGCUGUUUCGUUAAUUCCUUACCUAAUUUUGUUAAUUAUGCAUUUUAUUUCGUAUUUAGGGUUUUUUACAAUGCAAUUUUAGCUUCCAUAAUUUCAUUUAUUUUUCCCUAUAAUUUUCUACUUAUUUUCUAUUUAUAUCUAAUCUUGCAAAUCAAAUGAAACAAACUAGAAUUUUGGAUCAUUUUCAAUCUUCAAGUAGACCCAAAAGACUUAGAACUAAUAAUAAUGUACCUAACAUUUCUCAUAAUGUAGCAGAAUUUAAGGACUGUUUAACUAGUUUGGAUUGUAGUAACCUUAAAACUGUUGUGUCCGAAGAAGAGGCGGAUAUGGGGUUGUUAGAUUGGGAAAAUAGAGCUAAUAGUGUUUUGCAUAAACAUUUUGGUUAUGUUUCUUUGAAAAGUUUUCAGAAGGAAGCUUUAGCUGCUUGGGUAGCUAACCAAGAUUGUCUUGUUCUUGCUGCAACGGGAUCUGGGAAAUCUCUGUGUUUUCAGAUUCCGGCGUUAUUGACUGGGAAGGUUGUGGUGGUGAUAUCGCCAUUGAUUAGUUUGAUGCAUGAUCAGUGUUUGAAGCUAUCAAAACAUGGCAUUUCGGCUUGCUUUCUUGGAUCGGGACAACCUGAUAACAAAGUGGAACAGAAAGCAAUGAGAGGGUUGUAUGACAUAAUAUAUGUUUGUCCGGAGACAGUUUUACGAUUGAUAAAACCACUUCAGGGGCUUGCAGGAAGUCGCGGAAUUGCUUUGUUUGCAAUUGAUGAAGUGCAUUGUGUAUCUAAGUGGGGCCAUAACUUUCGACCUGACUACAGGCGUCUUUCUAUAUUGCGUAAGAACUUCAGUGCUAGCAAUUUGAAAUUCUUAAAAUGUGAUAUUCCAUUGAUGGCUCUGACUGCAACUGCUACAUUUCAUGUUCGAGACGACAUUAUUGAAUCAUUAAGCAUGUCUGAGAAAACAAAGAUUGUGCUUACUUCCUUUUUCCGACCAAAUCUACUGUUCCAGGUGAAACAUAGCAGAACCUCAUCUCCUGCUUCUUACAAGAAGGAUUUUAGCGAGUUGGUAGAAGUAUACACCAGAAGGAGAAAUACAGGUGCCAAGACACAGAACGUAUUCUUGAAAAUGUCAAAUGAUAGUAGCCUAUCAGAAGAAGAUGGGUUUUCUCCAAGUGGCACGAUCAGCUCGGAAGAUGAAUGCAGUGACGCAGAUGAUGAAGUAAAUAUUUUAAAGAAAAAUGGAUCAACUGCAUUGGAAGCAAAAAAACUGUCAAUUGAAUAUUUGGAAAAUGAGGUUGAUGUCUUUCAGAGUGUGGAUGACUGGGAUGUGGCAUGUGGGGAGUUCUGUGGACAAUCUCGCAAUGACUGGGAUGCUUGUGAACUGACUGAGACAGUUGACCCCCCUAGUGCCGCAGAAGAAAGAUUGAAAUUUUUGCAAGGGCCUUUAGGGGAAGGCCCGACUAUCAUAUAUGUCCCUACACGAAAAGAAACAUUGAGGAUUGCAAAGUAUCUUUGUAAUUCUGGUGUGAAGGCUGCAGCUUAUAAUGCAUCGUUGCCAAAAUCACAUCUGCGGCAGGUUCACGCGGAGUUUCAUGAAAAUGCGCUAGAGGUGGUUGUAGCAACAAUUGCUUUUGGAAUGGGAAUUGACAAGUCAAACGUUCGAAGAAUUAUCCACUACGGGUGGCCACAGAGUUUGGAAGCGUAUUAUCAAGAAGCAGGUCGUGCAGGAAGGGAUGGGAAACUAGCAGAAUGUAUUUUAUAUGCAAACCUGUCGAGAGGACCAUCUCUUUUGCCUAGUAAAAGAAGUGAAGAUCAGACUAAGCAGGCAUACAGAAUGCUGACUGAUAUUUUCAGAUAUGGAAUGAAUACCAUAAGCUGUCGAGCUAAGACACUUGUGGAGUAUUUUGGGGAAGAUUUCAGUCAUGAGAAGUGUCUCUUGUGUGAUGUGUGUGUUGGAGGGCCUCCUGAAAUGCAGAAUUUGAAAGAGGAGGCUGAUAUUUUGAUGCAGAUUCUUGCUGCUCAUCAUGGACAGAGCAGUUGUGUCGAUGCUUCAUAUGAUGAUACAUAUUAUGACCUUAAAUCACGUACCUCGGUCCAGAAGCCGAACCUAAGGAUGUUUGUCAGUAAAUUAAAAGAGCAUUCUCAAAAGUUUGGAGCAAAAGACCAGCUUUGGUGGCGAGGUCUUGCACGAAUUUUGGAAGGCAAGGGAUACAUCAAAGAAGGCGAUGACAAGAUUCAUGUUCAAAUAAAAUUCCCAGAGCCAACAAAACUGGGAUUGGAUUUUCUGGAAUAUGAAAGAGAUGAGCCUUUCAACAUAUAUCCUGAAGCAGACAUGCUACUCUCAAUGAAUCAGUCCAAAUCUUAUUCUACUUUUGCAGACUGGGGAAAAGGUUGGGCUGACCCUGAGAUCCGUCGUCAACGAUUGGGGAAAGGAAGAAAGGAUCGAAAGCCACGGAAGCCGAGAAAGUCCAGAAAAAUUAAACCAGAUCUUAAAACUGCUAGAGGAAGAAUAACAUUAAAACUCUCCAAACAAAAGUGACGUGGCACUGAUUUUUAGUCUUUUGUUAAUGUUUUGUAGUCAAACAACUUGCAUUUUUCAGGUCCAACAAAGAUAAGAAUGUCCAUGACCACAAUGUUUGUAGAGCUCAGUAAAUGGAGGUACAUGAAUUCAUAGUUGAUGACUUGAUUUAGUGGAUGGAAAAGAAAACACCAUCUAAGUGUUAAUCUAAUUUAAUGAUCAGUAUUAAA